AUGUCUUUCGAUCUUCUACUAAAGCCGUCGUGCAGCGGCUGUAGCAGCACCACAGAUUUGUACGGUAGCAAUUGUAAGCAUAUGACGUUGUGCUUGACUUGCGGCAAAACAAUGGCGGAGAAUCGCGGCAAAUGCUUCGAAUGUGGCGCUACUGUUACUCGCUUGAUUCGAGAGUAUAACAAAGAAGGAAUUCAUGGUCGUCAAGUUACUGAUGUUUUGCGGGAGAAAUUUAAGAAUAAGCCUUGGCUUUUGGAGGAUGAAACUGGGCAGUCUCAGUAUCAGGGUCAUCUUGAAGGCUCGCAAUCGGCGACUUAUUAUCUUUUGAUGAUGACUGGGAAAGAGUUCGUUGCUAUUCCUGCUGGUUCUUGGUACAACUUUAACAAGGUUGCACAUUAUAAGCAACUUACCUUGGAGGAAGCAGAAGAGAAGAUGAAGAAUAGGAGGAAGACUGCUGAUGGAUAUGAAAGGUGGAUGAUGAAAGCUGCAAAUAAUGGAGCUGCUGCAUUUGGUGAGGUGGAGAAGUCAGAUGAUAAGGAUGGUGUUUCAAACGGUGGAAGAGGAGGACGUAAAAAAGCAAGCGGUGAUGAGGAUGAGGGCAAUGCAUCUGAAAAGGGAGAGGAAGAUGAAGAAGAAGAGGCAGGAAGGAAGAAUAGACUUGGACUCAAUAAACGGGGUGGUGAUGAUGAUGAAGAAGGUCCAAGAGGAGGUGAUCUUGAUAUGGAUGAUGACGAUAUUGAGAAGGGUGAUGAUUGGGAGCAUGAAGAAAUUUUCACUGAUGAUGAUGAAGCUGUUGCCAUUGAUCCUGAGGAACGGGAAGAUUUGGCCCCAGAAGUUCCUGCUCCUCCCGAAAUCAAGCAGGAUGAAGAGGAUGAGGAUGAGGAGAAUGAGGAGGGAGGACUGAGCAAAUCUGGGAAAGAGUUGAAGAAGCUACUUGGGAAAGCAAAUGGUCUAAAUGAGUCAGAUGCAGAAGAUGACGACGACGAUGAUGAUGACAUGGAUGAUGAUAUUUCUCCUGUACUGGCCCCAAAGCAGAAGGAUGUGGUGCCGAAGGAGGAACCUGCUGACAAUAGUCCUGCAAAACCAACUCCUGGUUCUGCUAAGGGAACCCCUUCUACCUCCAAGUCAGCAAAGGGGAAAAGAAAACUGAAUGGUGAUGAUGCAAAAACUUCUAAUGGUGCACCUGCGAAGAAGGUGAAAGCAGAAAAUGGAGUAAAACCUACUGUGAAAGAAGAAAGCUCUCCUGCUAUGAAAGGUAAUGCAACUCCUAAAGCAACACCAUCAGCGUCAACAUCAGGGUCUACUGGACCUGUCACUGAAGAAGAGAUCAGGGCUGUUUUGUUGCAAAAUGGACCCGUAACCACGCAGGAUCUGGUUGGUAGGUUCAAAUCACGACUAAGGACUCCUGAGGACAAGAAGGCUUUUGCAGAUAUUCUGAGGAGAAUUUCUAAGAUUCAGAAGACCAGUGGAUCUAACUAUGUUGUGUUGAGGGACAAAUGA